AUGGACGACAACCCUCGCAUCAUCGAGGCCAUGUUACGCUCUUUCUACGGACUGUCUUACGACGGUAUCAACAAAGCUACCAACGAGAUUACCAAGCGGAGUACCUCAAGGUUCAAGCCUGACUCACUUUUGCUUCUGCCGUGCAAAAUCUCUGGGCCUCGAAUAAUUUCAUGGUUGCAGGUUCUCAAGCAUAUACCACCACCAAAGCAAGAUCGAGGUCUUCGUGAUUUUAUCGUAGCAAUAUGUCAAACACAUAGGAGGGACUUGCGGGAGAAACAGGAACUCGAAAAUUUUCUCGCGAAUAUUCCUGGGCUUGCCAGCGAUCUUGUGCUGCUUUCGCGUCAAUACAUUCCUCCAAAUUUGUCUUUGGAGCCGCGUAUCGUCGAGUCUUAUGUUUGCAUGGAUUGUUUGUCGAAGUGGCAGAUCCAAGUUGGUAAUGUAAAGGAUUUCCUUGAAUGCCCUUUUUGUCAUCAUGAACAAGUACUUCCUUUCUGA